AUGGACACAAAGACCGACAUCAAUCAUGUCGAGCAUCUCGAACGGGAUUCUCUGGAUGUGAUCCAGGUCUCCAAGUCCAAGGUCGAAGUCAGCGGCACAGUCAAGCUCACCGAGGGCAAGACUGUCUUCAUUCCUACGCCCACAGCAGAUCCGCGAGAUCCCCUGAACAUGAAGAUGUGGCAAAAGGCUGUUGUCCUCAUCAUCAUCUCGCUUUUCUCGACAAUUGGUCUUGCCCUCGUUUCUGGAUUUGGAGGUCUUCUGGGCUUCUACAUUCCAGCCUAUGAGGCUGCUGGUAAGGGUUAUGCCGACAUCACUCAUCUGAUGACUUAUCCCACCCUCUUCAUGGGCAUUGGAAACCUCAUCGGUAUGCCACUCGGAAUCGCGGUCGGUCGACGAAUCGUUCUCAUCGGAGCUACAAUCAUCAUGAUCAUGAGCGCUGGCUUGUGUGCUGGUGCCACAAACUAUGAGUGGCAUCUCGCAGGACGUGUUAUUCUCGGACUAUCUGCUGGUCAAAGCGAGGCUCUUGUGCCCAUGAUCACUCAGGAAAUCUUCUUCCUCCACGAGAGAGGUCGCUGCAUGAUGAUCCAACAAACCAUCCAGACCAUCGCCACAGCUGUCUUUACCAUCUUUGCCGGUCCCAUCGCCGAAGCCAUUACCCCUGGUUGGUGGUACGGUCUUGGCGCCAUUCUCUCAGGAGUCUGCUUGGUUUUCACCAUCUUUUUCGUCCCCGAGACCAAGUACCCAAGAUCCAAUGCAUCCUACCAAGCCGGUGGUAGCUCAGACGAUGAGGCCACUGUCAUUGUCUGCACCGAGCGCCCGGAGCUUGACUACGUCAACUUUGCUCCCCGUACCUGGCGAUCUGACAUGCGACUCUGGGUCGGCGAGCCUGAAUGGAACAAGGUGGUGGAGAUCUUUACUCAAACCUUUAGUCUCAUGCUCUUCCCCAAUGUCUUGUGGGCCCUACUUCUCAACGGUCUCACCCUUGGUGUCAACAUUGCCAUUGGUACCACAUACGGUCACAUCGUUACAAGCCCUCCCUACAACUGGCCCCAGUCUUCAGCUAGUUAUGUCAAUGCUGGUCAAAUCGUGACAUCCUUGGUGGCCCUUCCCUGCUUCGGCUAUGGCUCUGAUCUGCUCAUCAAGUGGUUUGCUAACCGUCGAAACGGCAUCCACGAGCCUGAAGUCCGCAUCAUUCCUCUUGCCUUCCCAAUCAUCGUCGGUAUCUUUACCGCUGUCUUGUAUGGUCUGGGAGCAGCCCAUCCCGAGAACUACCACUGGUUUGUCUUUGUCUGGGCCGUCGCCGCGUACUACUUCGCUUUUGUCGGUGCUAAUAUCGUCGCUAUUACAUAUCUUUUGGAUAGUUAUCCUCAGCGCGCUGGUCCUCUGCUUGUCAUCAUCUGCGCCAUGCGUGGCGUUAUGUCGUUCGGCGUUUCCUACGGCAUUUCCCCCUUCAUUGACAGAAACGGCUACGACGGAGCUUUUGCAGUCUUUGGAGGCCUCACAGGAGCUUUUGGUGUCAUCGGUAUCUUCAUCUUCAUCUGGGGUAAGAAGAUUCGCCAGUUCACAACCCGGUGGGCUGUGGAUAAGGCCAAGAACGAGUAA